GAAUUUCUUCAAUGCGAUUGACACUUUCACAUCUUCACAUUCCGGUUCAGAGACUCCCUCCGCCCUUCCUCAUUAUCAACACUUCUCUCAGCAUAAACUUAGCGAGAAUAGCAACAGCAAUGCUGUCACUGGUUUCCCGGAGCGGAGGUUGCUGCCGAGGGCAGCAGAGACUGCCAUGGCAGGAUUUCACGGUGACGUGGGUGUUCCGUGGCGUAUGGACGGGUGACGCCAGCCGUGGAAUUCUUGACAGUUUGCAACAGCGGUGGCAGCUUCGAACAACAACAGAAUACGGAGGUGAGAGAACUAUAGGUAGGUUGGUGACGGCGGGUUUGGUUGAGCUAGAAGCCAAGGAGUGGCUUACUAUCAUCCAAGUGAGCACGGACCGGGUGCACCAUGUGGUGGCGAAGCUGAGAGCGGUGGUUUCAGAGACGACAGUACCGUCAAUUUCGUGGAUCCGGAGCGAGCAGCAGAGGCUAUUGGAGAUUACAUGGGGGUUGGAGGAGGGGCUGCCCCCCCGUCUGCGCAUGCCUAUAGUUGGGUCACGAUUGGAGAGUCUGAUGCGGAAGUAUUACGAUGUUCUUGACGAGGGGCAAGAUCUGUGUGCUCAGCUGGGGGACCGCUGGUAUGAUGAUGACACCGACCUCGCCAUUGCUGACGCCAGCGACAUCGCCAGCUGCGACAACGGCGAGCUUAUCUGUACCACCGUUCAUUGCAACAACAGCUACGCUAGCAGAGAUAACGCCAAUCUCACGUGCAUCCCUGUCUGCUACAACAACAACAACAACAACAACAAUACCGAUAAAAGCAGUGACAACAAUGACGAUGACGAGGUUUGCGUGGACAAAUAUGGCGAUAAUGGCUACUUUGCCGGUGCCGCUCUCACUGGAGCCGUCGACUAUAAUGACAACAAUGCUAAUAACAUGAGCACCGGUGACGGGGACAACAACAUCAGUCACGAAGACAAUAACAAUGAUUUCAACAACAACAACAGCAAAGUUGUCGGCCCUCGCGCAUGCACCCAACUCAGCCAGGGCGUCAGGAAUGAAGGUGGGCUUGCUGGGAAGGCUACGGUUUCAUACAUGCUUAUCAUGGUUUGAGGCUCCCUGUGUGGGUGGAAUAUCACAGAAGCUCUGCCAUGGGAUCCGGGAGGGGUCGGGGGGAAGGGUUGUGGGCAACGCUGUUGGGGAGACCUGCCAACUUCUUGCCUGCCGUACGAUUCUGUGAAUGUGGGAUUUGCGCGAACAGGGGCGGGAUAGGAAGGUGAGAGGCUAGAUAACUACAACGGGGUCGCAGUGUAUGUUUGGCAACAUAUGAGUAGGGGGUGGGAUCAUGCGUGUUUUGAUUUGCGCUAUCUGAAGCUCCUUGCAGCCUUUUAUAUAAAUAGAUUAUAAUAAUAGAUUGCCACGUGGCAGGUAUGACACAGAGGUGCGAUGAGUAUGUGCUUGUCGCGUGGAAUGCGCGAUUUCGAUUUGUUCCUUGUUUUGAAUGCCCUUCCCUCUCACGGUCUGCUUAGUGUUGUAAGUCGUUUUCGUUGUUGACGAGGGUUUCAAGGCAAGGAGAUGACGUGGUGACUGUGGUUGGGGAAACUAGAUUGGUUCGGGGUCCUCCGUUGAUUGAAUUCUGCCGUCUGACUUUGAUUACCCCUUCCCCUCAUUGUGCCGUUAAUUGAAUUUUGCUGCCCUACUCCUCAUGGUGCUGAAUGACCUUUUUAGAAGAAGGUGAGGGUUGCAGAUUCGGGAUAUAUUUUUUGACUAUGAUGAGCAGUUAAUCCCCUCGGUCGAGGGCAAUCAAUGCUGCUCAAUAAG